GUGGACAUUGCAUCACGGCCAUGUGUUCUGGUGGAGCGUGGGAGUCGGGACAUAACAUGGAGAUCGGGAAGACGGCAAUCAACCCCAAGACGAAUGGAACUGGGUGAGUGAUGUCGGGUAUAUAAGAACGGCUGGCACUCUUCCAUCCCAUCUGAGCUCCUCUCCAAGCGUCAGAAGGUUCAAGGAUCCCGACCCCAGAGAUCUUCCACGCCGCCGCUCUCUUUCUCUCCACCCAUCGUCCAACCACCCGAGUCAAGUUCUCGGCGACCGUCAACCAUCACGAUGCGCUUCCUCGCCGCCGCCUCCCCCUUCAUCGGGGCCACCCUCGCCGCCCGCCCUUUCCUCGAAGUGGCCGACACGGGCUUUGUGGACUACCUCACCGACACGGCCGAGUGGACCGAAGGACGGCUCCCGGACCUCCAGGACAUCCGCGCCCUGCCCGACUUUGAGUUCGCCGCCAAGCAGGUCCUGCCGGAAGCGUCCUGGGCCUUUUACAGGCUUGCGGCUGGUCAAGAGUGGGGCUACCGCAACAACCUCGACGUCUGGAAGAAGGUCCAGAUCCGCCCGCGAUUCCUGCGCGAUGUUGUCGACUUGCAAAACAACAUUGGCAUCGAGUUGUUCGGAAACAACUUCAGCGCCCCCUUCUUCAUCGCCCCCGCGGCAAAUGCUGCCCACGGCGACCCGGAGAGGGCUGAGCUGAACUUCAUGGAGGCCAGCGGUGAUGAGGACAUUCUGUACACCGCCGCACUCUACGCCUCCAAGACCAUCGAAGAGCUCGAUGCCGUCAAGCGCAACGACACCCUCAACGGGCGCCAGGUCAUCUUCCAGCAGAUCUACACCGUCAAUGACCUCUCCAUCACCUGGAACGACGUCAAGAGGGCCGAAGACACCGGCGCCAAGGCCAUCGUCCUGACCGUCGACACCCCGGGCUCCUCCGUUCGCGUCCGCGGCGCCCGCCAUUCCGGUCUCGAGUACCCCUCGGCCAGCACCCGUCCCAACACCUGGGAGAUCUACGACGAGCUCCGCGCGCGGACCAACCUCCCCAUCAUCCUCAAGGGCAUCCAAACCGUCGAGGACGCCACCGAGGCCGUCGAGCGCGGCGUCGACGGCAUCUACCUCUCCAACCACGGCGGCCGCCAGCUCGAGUUCUCCCCCUCGCCCAUCGAGAUCGCCUACGAGAUCUACCGCAACGCGCCCCAAAUCUUCCAGCAGGUCCCCGUCCUCGCCGACAGCGGUGUCCGCACUGGCUCCGACGUUCUCAAGCUGCUUGCGCUGGGUGUUAAGGCCGUGGGCCUCGGCAGGCCUUUCAUGUACGCCAACGUGUACGGCUACGAGGGCGUCAGGAGGGCCAUCCGUCUUUUGAAGAACGAGAUUGUCCAGGAUGGAUGGAACCUCGGCAUCGGCUCCCUGGAUGACCUUAGCCCUAGCUUUUUGAACCUCAGGGCACUGGACCAGAACGUCCACAAGGUCGGAUGCAACAACAGCUAGAUGGAACAAGGGGCGCGAAAUGUAUGAUACCGAAAGACCAAGGUUUCCGAGUGAGAAAUGAAUUUGAAACGUUUCCCGGUCGAGUCCAUUACUAAGUGUCCCGUCUUCGGGCAUUCAUUAACUGUAAUGCUUCGUAUAAGAAAGUCAAAAGGGCAGGUUACACUCGCGGAGGCGGCAGGCCUAGUUAUAUAUCUUCUGACAGGAUGAAUGAUGGCCUCAGCUGCUUACCCUCCUAUCGUUGUCUGUGGAAUUCGCACACGUGCUGCUGCUUCCCGAUAGCACUUGAGCGGGGUGUUAAGAACUUAAGACUCAAGAUCAAC